AUGAACACUUCGGCCCUUCUCAAUGUAGUCAGAACACCCCGUGCGGAAAAGAAAACUGUCCCAACUGAGCAAAAAGCGGCGGAAAUUGAAUUGGCUGUUUUUGUGGCUUCCCACUCAUCUAUUAGAGCAGUGGACCAUUUGGGAGAAUGGAUACGUCAACGUGGAGCCGGCAGCACACUUGGCAAUUUGCGAUUACAUCGAACCAAAUGUGCGUCGAUCAUUAGGAAUGUUCUUUCACCUGCAUUGAAGGAUGGACUAAAGAAGGCAGCUGGUGGGAAAAAGUUCACCCUGAUUGUGGACGAGUCAACAGAUGUAGGAUGCCAGAAACUGUUGUGCCUCAUUAUUAGGUAUGUGGACAGCGAGAAAGGAGUUGUGGACGCUUUUCUGGGCCUAGUACCGGUACUGGAAACCAAUGCUGAGACACUUUUCCAUUCCAUGAAGAAUGAGUUGGAGACUUUUGGUUUGAGUUUGGAGGACUGCGUAGGCUUUGCGAGCGACGGUGCAUCCGUCAUGGUAGGGGUUAAGAACAGUGUGUGGACAAGGAUCAAGAAUGUUUCCCCCAACUGCAUACAAAUGAAGUGCAUUUGCCACUCACUGGCCUUGUGCAAGCAACAUGCUUUUGCAAAACUAAAAUCUAAUCUUGGUUUUUUGCUCACAGAGGUGCCAUCUUGGUUUUCCCACAGUUGCCUUCGGCGGGAUGCGUUUCAACGAAUCUUUGACACCCUGAAUGCUAAUAGUGAAUCAGAGAGUGGCGUAUCCCACCCAACACCUUUCAUGAGAGCAUCAGCAACCAGGUGGUUAGUGAGAGGAAAGGUAUUGUAUAACAUUCUUGUGAACUGGGAGGAGCUGAUAUGCUACUUCAACAUUGCUGAGCUGGAGAGUCCAAGUGACAGGAAGUACAAGGCUCGGUUGAUAAAAGAUAUGCUGAACGACAGAAUGAACUUCCUGCUCUUUCACUUUGCUACCCCUGUAGUGCAGGAAUUUGAAUGCAUCAACGCAAAGUUUCAAUCGAGCAAUGCAGAUCCCCAUGAGUUGUCCAAGGAGCUCAUUACAUUCCACAGGAGCUUGCGCUCCAGACUGUACAAUCCUCUAGGAGAGAAAAAGGAUAUUGCAAGUUGUGACUUUGGGUACAAGUUUGUAUCCGAGUGUGAAAAGUACUUGAUGGAAGUUUCUGAAGACAAGAAAGAAGCAGAAGUCAAAAGAGUUGCAGCGACGAAGGAAAGAUGUCAUAUGAUGCUUGUGGAAGCUGUGCGUCAAGUUGAAGAGCGCCUGCCUAGCCCCGAGAACGUGUUUGUUGGACUAAGCCUUCUUAGUCCUCUGAAAGUCUUGAACCAACUGGACAGGACCCGGUUUGAGGAUUUGCCUUUCCCUCAUCUCUUCGGGGAAAAGGUGAGCACAAUAGAAGAGCAAUACAGAAGAAUUGUUCUAGUCGAUUGGUCAUCUGAGCCUGUCUUCAAGGAGUCAUCAGUUCCCAAGGAGACACUUCAAUUUUGGGAAGGCAUCAGGAAAACUCCAAUGAAAGAGCUUGCAGAAUAUGCCCUCACCUGCCUUCUCACUCCUGCAAGCAACGCUGGAGUCGAAAGAAUGUUCUCUCUUGUUAAUUGGGCUAUGAAUUUGCACUACUGUGAAUAUGUUCUGUAA